AUGGGUACCCCAGGGCCUUUCAAGUCGCAUUCUUCGCAACACAGUCGGAGUAGCUAUUACUCCCAUGCUCCAUCGGGAACUGGAACGCCUGGUGUCUCUGUCUCUGAAACCAGUGAUCAGGAACAGUCGUUGUUGUAUCGCAACCAGCCCAGUCCCUAUGGCGCACCCUAUGAUGAACCCAGUGUCUCGUCCGACUCCAUGCGUCGGUACACCCUACACGACCCUGGAGUGACCGUUUUUGCCACCCCACCUUACGAAUCCGAAGCCUCCGAUAUCUACGAUGCCCACCUCUCCGAGCGAGGCGGGAUCAAAAUGGACACAUAUCCUCCCGGCCCCGGGAGUCGGUCGACCGGAGCCCUGCGUCGUUACGGUACGAGGAAGAUCAACCUAGUUCAGGGCUCCGUGCUGAGCAUCGAUUAUCCUGUGCCGAGCGCCAUCCAGAAUGCCAUCCAGCCUGAAUAUCGGGAAGCCGAAGAGGCGUUCUCGGAGGAAUUCACGCAUAUGCGGUAUACUGCCGCCACCUGUGACCCCGACGAGUUCACCCUGCGCAACGGGUAUAACCUGCGCCCGGCCAUCUACAACCGACACACAGAGUUGCUGAUCGCCAUCACGUAUUACAAUGAGGACAAAGUUUUGACCGCCCGAACCCUGCAUGGUGUCAUGCAGAACGUCCGUGAUAUCGUCAACUUGAAGAAAUCGGAAUUCUGGAAUAAGGGAGGCCCGGCCUGGCAGAAAAUCGUCGUUUGUCUGGUCUUUGACGGGAUCGAGCCCUGCGAUAAAAACACCCUGGAUGUGUUGGCAACUGUCGGUAUCUACCAGGACGGGGUGAUGAAAAAGGAUGUUGACGGACGCGAAACCGUCGCUCAUAUUUUCGAAUAUACCACGCAGCUCUCGGUUACGGCAAACCAGCAGCUUAUCCGACCGCGUCCUAAUGACUCCUCCAACUUACCUCCAGUCCAGAUGAUCUUUUGCCUGAAGCAGAAGAAUACUAAGAAAAUCAACUCUCAUCGCUGGCUAUUCAACGCGUUCAGUCGAAUCCUUAACCCCGAAGUUGCCAUCCUCCUGGACGCAGGAACCAAGCCCGGUCGCAAAUCGCUGCUAGCCCUCUGGGAGGCGUUCUACAACGAUAAAACCCUGGGCGGAGCCUGCGGCGAGAUUCACGCCAUGUUAGGCAAAGGCUGGGCCAAGGUGCUCAACCCGCUAGUAGCCUCGCAGAACUUUGAAUAUAAAAUCUCCAACAUUCUAGAUAAGCCGCUGGAGAGCUCCUUCGGGUAUGUCAGUGUGUUGCCCGGUGCCUUCUCCGCGUAUCGCUACCGUGCCAUCAUGGGCCGGCCCCUGGAGCAGUACUUUCACGGAGACCACACCUUGUCGAAGCGACUCGGCAAGAAGGGUAUCGAGGGUAUGAAUAUUUUUAAGAAAAACAUGUUCUUGGCCGAGGAUCGUAUCCUGUGCUUCGAGCUGGUGGCCAAGGCGGGGUUCAAAUGGCAUCUGAGCUACGUCAAGGCAUCGAAGGGUGAAACCGAUGUGCCGGAGGGUACGGCUGAGUUUAUCGGUCAGCGACGACGAUGGCUGAAUGGAUCUUUUGCGGCCGGUUUGUAUGCUAUGAUGCAUUUCGGGCGGAUCUACCGGAGCGGACAUAGCAUGAUUCGAAUGGCGUUCCUGCAUGUGCAGAUGUUAUACAACUUCUGCCAGUUGAUCAUGACAUGGUUUUCACUCGCAUCCUACUGGCUGACGAGUUCGGUCAUUCUCGAUCUGGUGGGAACCCCGAGUGAAGGAAACAAACACAAGGGAUGGCCGUUUGGCAAUGAGGUCACGCCUAUUCUGAACAAUUUCGUAAAAUUUCUAACUCGAAUCCACUACACUCUAUCUUUCCUGUACUUCUCGCUGGUGCAGAUAUACGUUCUGGUCGACUCCUUCUACCUGGUGGCCAACGCCUUUACGGGAGGCAUGCUGGACUUCAACAUGAAUCACGGAGUCGGAGAGUUCCUGAAGUCGUUCUUCAGCUCCCAAAGCGGAGGUAUCGUGCUGAUCGCGUUGGUGUCGACGUACGGGAUCUACGCGUUCGCCAGUUUUUGUUAUAUGGACCCAUGGCACAUUUUUACGAGUUCGUGGGCGUACUUUGUUACCAUGACGACGUCCAUCAACAUCCUAAUGGUGUACGCGUUCUGCAACUGGCACGAUGUGUCUUGGGGAACCAAGGGAUCAGACAAGGCAGAGGCACUGCCUUCUGCACAGACGAAGAAAGACGAUGGUGAGAAGAACAACUUCAUCGAGGAAGUGGAUAAACCGCAGGCGGAUAUCGACAGCCAGUUCGAGGCGACAGUCAAGCGGGCAUUGGCGCCGUUCAUCGAGCCGGAGGAGGACACGUCGCCUACCCUGGACGAUUCGUACCGGAAUUUCCGCACUGCCCUUGUGUUGCUGUGGGUGUUUAGUAAUCUGAUCAUGUCGUUGCUGAUCACUAGUACUUCGGUGUCGCGGAUGUGCUUGACGAACACCUCAACCGGCCGAACGGCGAUGUUUUUCCAGAUCAUCUUGUGGGGUACGGCGGGGCUGUCGUUCUUCCGAUUCUUAGGGUCGAUGUUCUUCUUGGCCAAGUCGGGCGUUAAGUGCUGCAUAAACCGACGCUGA